AUGACAAUUUCUAUUAUCGGAGCUGGUUAUGUCGGUCUGAUUACAGCUGCCUGUCUUGCACGCGUAGGACAUCGUAUUCUUUGUGUUGAAAAGAAUCCCUCACGACUCGCUAUACUGGAAAAAGGACAAAGUCCCAUCUAUGAAAAGGGCCUCGAUGAGGUACUCUCUGAAGUUUUCAGCCAAGGAACACUGCGUUUUACUUCUUCCAUUGAGGAAGCCUCUGAGCAUAGUGACGUCAUUUUUCUCUGCGUCGGAACACCUUCGUUGCCCAAUGGAGAUGUUGAUCUCUCGCAAGUCGAGGAUGCAGCCAUCAGUAUCGCCCGUUGUAGCCAGACAACAAAAAUCAUUGUCAGCAAAUCAACUGUUCCUGUUGGCACAGCGCAUCAUUUAAGUCAGCUUAUGCGCCGACAUAGUCCGCAUGAUCUCGAAUUCACCCUAGCUAGCAAUCCUGAGUUUCUCAAAGAAGGCGUUGCUCUCGAGGACUUUAUGCAUCCUGACCGCAUCGUCGUCGGAUGCGAUCAAAAUCAAUGGCGCACACUCUUCGAGGAAAUCUACCAAAGCUGGAUCAAAGAGGGCUUUCCUCUUCUUUUCACGGAUACCAUCAGUGCGGAACUAAUCAAAUAUGCAUCGAAUUCCUUUUUAGCGACCAAGAUUUCGUUUAUCAAUAUGAUCUCGGAUAUCGCCGAAAAUGCCGGAGGCCGUAUUAGUGAUAUCGCCCUUGGUAUGGGACUUGAUCCACGCAUCGGACGACUCUUUCUGCAAGCCGGACUUGGCUAUGGAGGCAGUUGUUUCCCUAAAGAUAUCAAAGGCCUCAUGCAAACCGCUCGGAACUUUGGUGUGAAAACGGAACUCCUCGAAGCCGUUGAACACAUCAAUGCCGACCGUAUUAAGCAUAUUCUCCAUCGGGUCCAAAAGGCUCUAGGAUCGUUUCUUGGAAAAAAAAUCUGCCUCUGGGGACUCAGCUUCAAAGAAGGAACCAAUGAUAUUCGUGAUGCCGCCAGCCUCACUCUCGUAUCACAUCUCCUCGAGGAAGGAGCUAUCCUCAAGGUCUAUGAUCCUCAAGCCAUGCCAGAUUUUAUGGAAAUUUUUCCUCCCAGCGAACGUCUAAGCUAUGCUCAAAGUGCUCAAGAUGCACUCCUUGAUGCAGACGCGCUUCUGAUUGUUACCGCUUGGCAGGAAUUUAAGGACUUUAGUCCUCAUCGUAUCAAAGAGUCUCUUCGCAAUCCUCUUGUCAUUGACGGUCGUAAUUGCCUGCACGAAAACCAGGUCCAUCAAGCCGGACUCAGCUAUAUCAAAAUAGGAGAAAAAUCACCAAGGAGUCAUUCAUGA